UCUUUUAUGCGCUGCCUGGAGCUUUGCUCCUCCGCCUUUGGAGCUCCUCGCCUCUCCGUGUGGUGGUCACCCUCCUCGGCCAGUCCCGGGCACCUGCCUGUGUCAGCAAAGAGCCGCCUGCCCAGCCAGCACCCGGCCCGGCCUGCACCUCACAGGGAGCGGGAGGGAAGGCAGGAAGGGAAGCCCAGGACAGCCGUCUCUCUCUUGCUCGUCUUGGGGAAGGACCCCUGAAGCCCCUUCGCGGCAGGAUGAAGUGGCCCGGCCUGAUCUUGGCCGCCCUGCUGCUGGCCUUGGCCGGCCCCAUGGCCCGUGGCGAGGAGGGACUGGAUUUCCCCGAGUAUGACGGCAUCGACCGGGUCGUCGACGUCAACCUGAAGAACUACAAGAGUGUCCUGAAGAAGUACGAGGUCCUGGCGCUGCUGUACCACGAGCCGGUGGGGGACGACAAGGCUUCGCAGAGGCAGUUUGAGUUGGAGGAGCUGAUUCUGGAGUUAGCAGCCCAAGUCCUGGAAGACAAAGGGAUUGGAUUUGGCCUGGUGGAUGCAGAGAAGGACGCUGCGGUGGCCAAAAAACUAGGGCUGUCUGAGGAAGACAGUGUCUACGUGUUCAAGGAAGACGAAGUCAUCGAAUACGACGGGGAAUUUUCAGCUGACACCUUGGUGGAGUUUCUCCUUGACGUCCUGGAAGACCCCGUGGAGUUUAUCGAUGGAGAACGUGAGCUUGAAGCAUUUGAGAGGAUUGAGGAUGAGCCCAAACUCAUCGGCUACUUCAAGAACGAGGACUCUGAACAUUUCAAGGCCUUUGAAGAUGCUGCUGAAGAAUUCCACCCUUACAUCCCUUUCUUUGCAACUUUCGACAGCAAGGUGGCGAAGAAGCUCUCCCUGAAGCUCAACGAGAUUGACUACUACGAGCCUUUUAUGGAGAAGCCAGUCACCAUCCCGGACAAGCCGAACAGUGAGGAGGAAAUAGUCCAGUUCAUGGAAGAGCACAAGAGGCCAACGCUGAGGAAGCUGCACCCAGACAGCAUGUAUGAGACCUGGGAAGACGAUAUGGACGGCAUUCACAUUGUGGCCUUCGCGGAAGAGGAUGAUCCUGAUGGUUAUGAGUUCCUAGAGAUCUUGAAAGACGUUGCCCAAGACAACACAGACAACCCAGAUCUCAGCAUCAUCUGGAUCGAUCCUGAGGAAUUCCCACUGCUGAUCCCUUACUGGGAGAAAACCUUCGAUAUUGACCUGUCCCGGCCUCAGAUUGGCAUUGUCAACGUAACGGAUGCCGACAGUCUCUGGAUGGACAUGGAUGAUGAGGAAGACCUGCCCUCUGCGGAGGAGCUGGAAGACUGGAUCGAGGAUGUGCUGGAAGGAGAGAUAAACACCGAAGACGAUGACGACGAUGACGAAGACGAAGACGACGACUAAGGGCUGGCCCUUCCCAUUUCUCGUGCAGGACCGUCCCUGUCUGGGGGGCUCGUCCUCCGGCACCACACACCGCUGACCCCAACAGCAGCACAUUCGGCCUGCAUGCCAAAGCCCCGGCCCUAGCCAGAAAAUAUUUUUAUAUUGAUCUUAUUUACGUCCAAGGCCCUCACCGCAGGCUGACCAUGCUCCCUCCAUGCAGGGCCACCCCCCCAGGCCCCCGUCUGCCCUUGACAAGUGCAGGGGAGGGGAGGGGGGAGAACCGUCUCUCUCCAGAUUUCCUCCAAAGGCUCCUCUACCUGCCCUCCGCUUCAAUUGGCCAGAUGCCAUGGGAGAAUGCCACCUUUCCUGGGAUGGUGCCAACACCAGCCAAGUCCUUUCCUGGUCCUAGAAAGGCUUGUUCUCUACGUGGGGAGGCACUCUUAGCCCUACUUGAAGGCCAGGGGAAUUUCCCAUCAUGCACCUCAACCCCGAGACUUGGUCCGUGCCUUCUUCUUCGGAGCUUUUGGGGCUCCUUAAUGGUCAAGGCUGCCCUUAGCAGUGGAGACCACCGAGGGGCCUUGCCUCUAGGGGCUACUGAAAAGGUGGAAGCUGCCCCUGCCCUCCCCCUCUUCCCAUCUGGGCUUUGGAACAUGAUGGCAACAUGUCGACUUCAGUCUCCUCUGGCAACAAGGCGCUCACCUUUUCAGGUAGAUAAAUCCAAAUCGCUAGAGGGCAGCAGUUUAAUUUACAAAGCUAUUCAGCCACACACAAAGGACAGAAACAGAAAAAGUGAUCGGCAAACUUGUUAAUGUCCCUUCAAAACUGUUUCCCAAGCGGUCCUUCUCCUUUUACACACACGCAGAGAUCCACAAAAGGGGAUUUCGCUGACCUAGUUCUUAGGUAUA